AUGUGUCCCGGUUUGACUAACCCGUCGCGCCCUGUUUUUCCCCCUCACGUUAGAAUAAGAGGACGAUCCGUAACAAUAAACACACGCAGUCACAGCCACGCUGCAGCAUCGACAUCUUCAGAUUCAUACUAUACUGACGAGGACUCGUACUCGCAACAAAGCCACGAGUACAGCGAAUCGCUCGCUGACGACGACGACGAAGAGGAAGAGGACGACGACGAAGACGAGUGGGGAGGAGAAUACGACGACAUUGACCCGUCGGAUUCUGCAUCCACCGCUCACCACGAGCCCUACAAGCGCCCCAUUUCCCGAAACCACAGCGGCACCGGCAGACCGCACAGCGGCUCCCGACGUCACCGGCUUCCACCACCCCAGGGACGCCAGUCGGCAAGCUACUACCAGUCACCCCAAGCGCCUCCAAUGAGCCUGGACCCCUCGGACGAAUACGGUUCGACGUAUGGUCGCCCAAGCUAUGCCCACGGCCCACCACCGCCCAACAACGUCGGCGCAUUCUACGGAAACCGAGGUAACCAACCCCCAGCAGGGUAUGCAGCAAGUCACGUAGGCGGUUUCGGCGCAAGUCCAUACGGAGCCGGCCAAAUGGUUCCCUACGGGGACUAUUCGAAUCCCUUCGCGCCCAUGCGUGGCGCCAACGGGCCCCCUCAAAAUGAUUACUACAACGAUCCCCGCGCACUCGGCCCACAUGGUCACCAGCCGGGUCCGGGUCCGCAGCACUACGGACACGGCAUGAUGGCCCCCUACAACCCCGCCGGAGCGGCGGCCUCCAUGUUUUACGGUGCUCACCAGGGCUAUGGUGGCAUGCCUCCACACAUGCAGAUGCACAUGUAUCAAGCACCUCCUCCACCGCCAACAGAAGUCAGCCCCAGACCGACGACACCCGCACCCGCCCCUCCUCCCAAGCCGGCCGAGCCAGACCCGGCUAUGCUCAAACUGCAAGCCGAACUGGAAGCCUUCAAGAAGGCCCAGAAAGAAAAGGAAGAAGCGGAAAAGCAAAGGGCAAUGGAGGAAAAGAUCCGCCAAGACGCCGCAGAGGCCUACCGCCGGCAGAUGGAAGAGACUGAACGGCAGAGGAAGAAGGCCGAGGAGGAAGCCGCCGCGGCAAGGAGAAAGGCCGAGGAGGAGGCUGCCAGGCAAAAGAUGGAACACGAAAGGCAGCUUGCUCUCGCCAAGGCCGAAGCUGAAAAGGCGACGCUGGAAAGGUUGGAGAAGGAGCGAAGAGAGGCCGAGCAGAGGAGGAAGGAAGCCGAGGAGGAGCGCAAGAGGCUUGAGCGGGAGGCACGCGACAAGUUUGAGGCCGAGAUGAGAGCUGCUGAGGAGCGCAGAAGGCGCGAGGCGGAGGCUGCUGCUCUUGCUGAGGCUGAAGCCAAGGCCCGUGUGGAAAGAGCCAUCCGUGAGGAGCAGGAGAAGAUGGCGGCCAAGAUCAAGGCUGAGGAAGAGGCCAAGGCUGCUGCUGCUGCGAAGGCGGCCGAGGAGGCCAAGAAGCUCAAGGAGCUGGAAGAAGAGGCGAAGAAGGCUCUGGAAAGGGCCAUCAAGGAGCAGGAGGAGAAGCUCGCGGCUGCUGUCAAGGCGGAGCGCGAGAAGAUUGAGGCUGCUCAGAAGGCCGAGGAGGAGGCCAAAGCCGCGGCGGCAAAGAAGGCUGCCGAGGAGGAGGCCUGGAAGAAGAAGCUGGAGCAGGAGGCUCAGAUGAAGGCAGAGCUGGAGGCGAGAGAGAAGAUUGAGAAGGAGAGGCAGGCUGCCGAGGCGGCUGCUGCUGCCGCCGCCGCGGCAAAGGCCGCCGAGGAGGCCCUCAAGAAGAGGCUGAUGGAGGAGGCCAAGGUGAAGGUUGAGGAGGCUGUCAUGAAGAAGGAGAAGCCGCCCAUCAGGUUUAAGGAUGCUGUCGGGCGCAAGUUUAGCUUCCCCUUUCACCUUUGCGCCACUUGGACGGGCAUGGAGGAGUUGAUCAAGCAGGCCUUCCUUAACAUGGAGGUCAUUGGCCCUCACGUGCAGGAAGGGCACUACGACUUGAUUGGCCCCGACGGCGAAAUCAUCCUGCCUUCGGUCUGGGAGCGUGUCAUCCAGCCCGACUGGGCCGUCACGAUGCACAUGUGGCCCAUGGAGAAGCACCCCCUCCGCAUGCAGCACCCGGGUAUCCCGCCCCCGGGCAUGCAAAUGUCUGGCAUGCCCCCCGGAAUGGGCCGAUCCCAACCCCAAGGUGGACACCACGGACAUGGGCACCGGCCCUCCCUGGGGAUGCCAUUCCGGCCACCUUCCCGUCCGACUGGUGGACAAGGCGGACCACCGCCCCCUCCUCCGCCUCCAGGCGGCAUGCCAUGGCCGCCUGUCGGUGGCGCCAUGGGCGGCAUACCGAUGCCCGGUCAGGGACAACGUAUCAGGGUUCCAAUGCCCGCACCGAACGGCGCCGUUGUUGUGACGGCGGAUCCGCCAAAGGUGAAGAAGUCCAAGGGCGCGCCGACGACGGUGCUGGGGUGGAUGGCGGGCAAGCCGACGAAGAGCAGCGGGAAAAAGUAUGUUGCAGACUCCUCCCCCCAGAUUGUGAUAUCCAAACCUGUCGUCCCCGAGAAGCACCGAGCACAUUAUGUGGAGUAUGAGUUGAAGUCACGGAGUCGAAGUUUGUCGUUUUACCUUGUCCCCCUGUAUCAUCAUCAUUUGUCACGGAUAUAUUUUGAGAUGGCACUGUGCUGA